CAGUCUCUAAAGAGAAAAGCUCAAGCCCAGAUCUGCACCUGCCAUCGCUAUGAGAGGAAAAGGACUGCUUUCUGAGUUUUUGCUUUUCCUCAUCUUUUUGAAAGAAGUGUCUGGAUUAAAGAUUCGGAACAAGCUUCUGGGUAAAUGCCUGCAGGUGCAAGAAGGAGCAACAGGAGGUCAGGCAUCACUUGGAGAGUGCAGCCCAGACUUGCCUGUCCAGGAAUGGCGCUGGCUCCCAAAAGUCCAGGCGCUCAGCAGCCUCCACACCGGAGAAUGUCUGACUGCACCGAGGGAGGAGUAUGAAGGCGUUGUUUUGCAGCCCUGCAUUUUCAAAGAUGGAGCUGGUGGCGAGGAUGUGGAAAGAGAGGUGGGAGGUCAGGCUUGGACUUGCACAAAGAAAGGCCACAUAACUCUGAUAGAGAACAGGCUUCACUUGAGUGCUACAAAAGAAUCCACUCUGGUUUUUCUGCUGAGGGAACAUAAACAGCAGGGCAGCAAGUGGCGAGCUCUCCAUAACCAAACGUUGUGCAACGGGAGAGACGCUGAAGAAAACCCAAACCAACCUUAUCAUCACGUGGAUGGGAAAAAAACAAACAUUUCUGAAAGCCCUUUAUCAGAAAGACACAUGCAGGUGAAAACAUAUGAAGGUAUUUUGGACUCCAAACAGACAGAAGCUUAUUCUGUAAAGGAUGUGAUGAUUCCUUCUUCUUUAAUCACCAAAUCUCCUGCAGAUCCCACUAUGGUUUUUUUCACUAUGGAUUAUGGAAUGGGAUGGAAGAUAACCAUGUUGGUGUUGAGCUCCUUGGCUCUGGUCCUAGGAACUAUAAUUCUCAUCCUCAAUGUGUACCCCAACAGGAGGAGAAAAGUGGUUUGUGUCUUGAAGUCGUACACUCCCACACCAGAGAUGAGCAUUCCUGGAUCGCCAGCACCCAAUGAAAGAGCCGCCCUGACCGAGCAUGCCAUGCACUUUCCACAGUCCUCACCAAGCGUGCCACGGGGGGAGAUCCUGAUAGAGUGGAAGGACGGCACUGUCACGCCACUAUAUGAAGCCUGAAAGCUUCCACCGCUGAUGUGGAUUGAGAGCUUGGUUGUUUUUCUGACAGCGACUCUGGUGCAGAGUUAGGUUUGUUAUUCACUGGUUCUGUUUGAAUGGGAGUAUAUUGUGACGGGAUAGUUACCAAGACAAAAAAAAGCAAUCUACUCCGAGUGUGUUGCUGGCAAACUUUUAAAGGUGAUCUGUAGAUUGUUUUACAAUCUACAGCAGUACACAUGUAGGGCUCACAUAGAAGAAUGUCUUCAAGGCUGAACUGCCUGAGGAAGAUGAAAAGUAUUGUGUAGUUGUCAUACAUUUGAGCUAAACACUAAAAUACGGGCUAAGGAUAAAAACAUAGUUAGGAUGACUAACUGGAAAAUUGCAAUUGCAAAAAUAAUGAUUUAGGGUAAUAUAUGCCUACCUAUAAAUUUAGUUAAUUUUAGUUUCUUAUAAAAUCAUAUUCAUGAUGCUGACAUGUACUGUAAAAUAUGACAUUGUCUUUUAUGUGUCAAGGCAUAAUAAAAAUGAUCAAGUCUUU